GGUUGCACAUUUCAAACUGGAACGCAAAACGAACUUUUUGCUUAAUUAAAUUUUUAUUCGUAUUUAAAAACACUUAAACGUAAUAUUAUACCCUAAACUUAUUGAUUAAUAUUAAACAGUGCUUAUGAAAUAUUAAAUUUAACAUAAAAGAGUGAAAUAAUCUCCAUAAAUAUGAAAUCUUCGAGAAUGAGAACUCCGGCUAGACAAAUGUUGCCUCCCAAAACACCUAAAAGCCGACAAGCCUCAAAAGAAAAUCUUAUCAAAGAUCCUGUUCAAGUUUUUUGUCGUAUCCGCCCAAUGCAAAGUGAUUCCGAUUUAUCAUGCAUUCGUGUUGUUUCAUCAUCAACGGUCGCUUUGAUUCCACCUGAAAGCGCUGUUAAUUAUAAAAUUAUCAGCAAUAAAGAAACGCAAUAUGUAUUCAAACAUAUCUUCGAUGUUGAUUCAACUCAACAUGAAUGCUUCACAACAGUUGCUCAACCUUUGGUCGAAGGACUCAUCAAAGGACGAAAUGGACUUCUAUUCAGUUAUGGUGUGACUGGUUCAGGAAAAACUUUCACUAUGACAGGAAACCGACAAGAUCGUGGAAUUAUGCCUCGCUGCAUGGACGUCCUCUUCAAAACAAUUUCUGAUUACCAAGCAAAAAAGUACGUCUUUAAACCUGAUCGACUCAACGGCUUCGAUGUUUUGUCUGAAGCCGAUGCGAUGUUGGAACGUCAGGCAGAAAUCAACGCUCGUCUCAUGAAGCUUGAACGUAAAGACACUGACAUUGAAAUUGCUUCGAGAGCAUCAACAGAUGUGACAACACUGAGUGGUUUGGAUGAAGAUAACAGCUUUGCUGUGUUUAUCUCUUAUAUUGAAAUUUAUAACAACAGCGUUUACGAUUUAUGCGAACCAACAACUCAGCGUAAUCAACCACUUCAAACGAAAAUCAUUCGUGAGGACAUCAAUCAUAACAUGUUUGUCCAUGGCGUUACUGAGAUUGAAGUGAAGUCAGUGGAAGAAGCAUUGAAUGCAUUUCAUAUGGGACAAAAGCGUAAACGAAUGGGACACACAAUUCUCAAUUCUGAAUCGAGUCGAAGUCACAGCGUCUUCACAAUUCGAUUAGUGCAAGCUCCAGUUGAUCAAAUGGGAGAAGAUAUUGUCCAGGAUCGUGACAAAGUUACUGUUUCUCAGUUAUCACUCGUUGAUUUAGCUGGAAGUGAACGAACGAAUCGUACCAAGAACACUGGGCAGAGAUUAAGAGAAGCAGGGAACAUCAACAAUUCAUUGAUGACAUUGCGUAAUUGUCUUGAAAUUUUACGUGAAAAUAACAUGACAGGUGCGAUGAAGAAAGUUCCAUAUCGCGAUUCAAAAUUGACUCAUUUGUUCAAGAAUUUCUUUGAUGGAGAGGGACAAGUUAAGAUGAUUGUUUGUGUUAAUCCACGGUCUGAAGACUAUGACGAAACAGCUCAAGUAAUGAAGUUUGCAGAAAUCACACAGGAUGUCCAAAUUGCACGUCAAACACCGAUGAAGCCAACGUUUGACAGUGGUUUGACACCGGGACGACGUAAGGCAAAUCAACUUUUCCGUAUGGCAAUGCAUAACUUGGAAGAAAAUGGUCGUGCAGAAGCACGAGACUUGGAAAUUGAUCUUGGACUUGUCUAUAAACUUCCAAGCUUCCCUGAUUUCCAUUUAAGAUCAGAAAACAUUCAAGACGUGACUCGUGAAUUGAUGAAUUGUUUGGAGGAUCGAAUUCGCUGUCGUCAGAGAUUAAAUGAUGACUUUGGAGCUCGACAGAAAGAAGUUCGCAAACUUCUUUAUGACAUGGAAUCAGAGAAUAUUCGUGUGAAAACUGAAAAUGCUGCAUUGACAGCAACAUUGAAUCAAGAGCGCGAACGAAUAAAGAUUUAUGAAAGUAAAAUCAUGCGAUAUGAAACAUCCUUGGAUGCAUUGAACCGAAAACUUCGUGAUAAAGAUGAUUACAUCUCACAAAUGGAAGUAAAUCUUGGCGAAAAGCAACAUCAACUUGACAAGAAAGAACAUGAAAAAGAAAAACAACGACGAAAGUUCAACUCAAAGAUUCAUGAAGAAGCUGAAAAAAGAAAUCGCGAACUUAACAUCAAAUUGAGUGAGCAGAAGCGUAUGUUGAAUGAACAAAUGCGAUCACAAGAAGAAAAGUUGAGAUUAGUUACAGAUAUUGUAACUGGAGAGCAAACGGUGACCAAUGAACCAGUUUCCAACUUAAUUCGACGAUUUAAUUCGAAUUGCGAAAAUAAUCAACCACCAGGCUCGGAACGCAAAGCACGUCCAAGAGGAACGGUUGUGUCAAAUUUACGUCAUCGUCGUUCAAAGUCAGUUGGAAAUGAAAAAUGGCUUGAACAUCGUCCGUCUCAUCCAGUUCCUUUGGGAACAAUCUUGCAACCAUAUUACAACGCUAAAACAGUGACAAGUCCUGAAAUGAAGGAUCUUAAGAAGGCAAAAUCUUCACGUUAUUGUUUGAUUGAUCAGCAAGCUGACACUGAUGGCGAACUUGAAACAAAGCUUUAUAAAGGCGAAGUUAUUCCAACAACAAGCGGUGGAGCUCAAGUAGUCUUUGAUGAUGUUGAAUGUUUGAAGCAGAAGGCACCAACUGACUCGCCACCACGUAAACGUAAGAGCGCUCAUGGUGCUGAUGAUCAGAAGACACCAAAGAAGAACAAGUCAAUUGAUGUUGUCGAAAGUCGCUGUUCAAUUGGUAUUCAGGGUCAUAAGAAAGCACGAGUUUAAGUAUUAAUAUGUUUAACUUUCCUUUAUUCUUUGAAACUUAAUCUUCUUAUGUACUUUAAUCUACUUACGAGUAGAAGAUGUGAAAUUUCAAAUAUAUUUUCUCUUAAUAAAACUUAACGAAUAUUUUUUGAAAUAUAUA